AUGAAGAAGACGAAGGCUGCGGAGGAGGGCGGCGAGGACCGCAUCAGCGAGCUCCCGGACGCGCUCCUCCACCAAGUGCUCUCCCUGCUUCCGGUGGACGAGGCCGUGCAGACGUCCGUGCUUGCCCGCCGGUGGCGAGGGCUCUGGAAGGGCAUGCCCGUCCUGCGCCUCGUCGGCCCCAAGAAGAGGUUCCCGAGCGCCGAGGAUUUCGACAGGUUCGUGAAUCGCCUCAUCUCCGUCCGCGGCGAUUCGCCUCUCGUCACCUGCGAGAUCGAGGCCUACCUGACCUGGGAUGAUUACGCCGGUGAGCCUGAGGAGCCCGAGCCGAACGUGCACUUCCAUUCCUGGAUCCAGUACGCUCUGGCGUGCAAGGUUCGGGUGCUCAAAGUUGUGGGCGACCAUAUCGGCUCCGAAACAGAGCUCGUCGUGCCUCUUGUCUCCCGGCACCUGACGAGCUUGGACGUUAGCCAUGUGUUUCUGGACAAAGAUUUUGUGCAUUUCGCAUGCUGUCUGGUGCUAGAGGAGUUGGAUAUGCGGCACUGCGGCUUUUGGGUGCGCAGCAUGUCAUUCCCAUCGCUAAAGCGUCUGCACCUUACCGAAUGCAACUUCCCUGAGGGUCACCGUGUUCGUGUUUCUGCACCUAGUAUUGUUUCACUGAGACUUCAUGAUUGCCGAGGCAAGACUCCUUUGUUUGAAAGCAUGCCAUCGCUAGAAACAGCGUCCAUUGACCUUUCCCAUGGGUGCAAGGAUCAGUGUCGGGGUGGUUGUGGUGAUGAGAGCUGUGAAGGUUGUCAUGGCUAUCCUGUUGGGAGUUAUCAGAGUGUACUUCUGAAUAGUCUGUCCAAUGCUGUCAAUUUGGAGUUGAAAGAUCAACCAAAAGUGUUUGUUAGUGAUGAUUAUGAUCGUCACUAUGUUGAGUUGUCAAUUUCGGCUAUCGACCUGCAUGCACUAGUUCGCAUUCUUCAGCACACGCCUAUUCUUGAAAAGCUCACUCUUCAGCUUCGUAGCGACGAGAAUUUCUUAUCCGCAGCCAGAGGUGAAAGCAGGAAACAUGUUCGAAUUGAGCAAUCAUUUGCAUGUGCAAAUCUUAAGGAAGUCAACAUUGAAUGUGAAGAGAAACUAAGGGUCAAGGAUAAGGUCAGGCAAAUUGUGAAGAUCUUGAGUAAAAGUGGCAUACGUAAUGAGCAAAUCAGUGUCAAGAAGAUCCCGAGGCCAGAAGGUUGUAAGUUAACUAUUGACAUUUAG